UAAAAUCAUUCAACGUAGACCAGCUCUCUGUUUCAAAAUAAAAAGAUGCUUUUCACAAGAAGAAAGAGUGCAAAUCCUAUGAUCAAAAUCUUCCAUAAUGAAAUUUCUAGUUCGUACUCAGUAACACCCAAGAUUAACUACUGAAGCUGAUCAAUAUUUUGAGAGGCAUUCCAAGAGAGUGGAGGAAAGCUCCAAGAUGAAGUUGUCAACUUCUUCAAAACUAUCGGGCAUGUAAAAUACGAACUCGCUAAAUCCAAGUUUCCUAAAUCAGAGAUUUUGAAGAGCAAUAACUACUCCAUACAGAAAAGCCUUAAAGAUAGUUAUAUCAAGGAUUACAAGAAGAUGAUGUCCAGGAGUUUUUACACAGAGUUAGCUAAAAGUAACCCUGCCUACACCCAGAAUAGUUAUGAAGAUUAUCGGUAUAUCUGUAAUAAGCUAUACCCCUUACUCUUUAUCUCUUCAAAUAUUGAGACAUCUCACAAAGUGGUCAGUCCUUGUUUUAAACCAAGGAAAACAACUUUUGGGAGACUCACCUUUGCUAAUAUGACUAAUAAGUCAAGAGCAUUAUCUUUUCCAAGACAAUCAGUAGAUCAUCUGGUGGAAUCCCCAAAAUACACCCCAAAGGUUCAAAGUGGGAGAGACAAGAUUAUUAAAUGAUGCUAUACUUGCUUCGUAGCCUUGAAAAUGUUGUACAUGAAUAGAAAUAAAGUCCUCAGUUUUCAGACUCCACAGACGAAAGCAUUCAUAUACUCACUUUCUCAAAAACAAGCAAAGAAAUGGACAAUAGAUGAUUUCAAGAAACUUGUCAAUUUCUAUCUCCUCAGAAUCCAAACUAUUAACUCUUACGAGUCAUGGGCUCCACAGAAAGCCAGAGCCAGGACUCCAAGAAGCAGGAAAAUUAGUGGGCUUUCCUUCAUGAUAAAACGAGAUAAACUUCAAAAGAGGACUGCUAGAACCAGGAAUGUUUCCAACAAUACUACUCGAAGAAACACCCCUACCAGGAGCCUAGAUUUACAACAAGGAAGAAAUUUCCCUCCUAUGCAGGGUAUUCGAAGAACAGUUCAUACAAAAAUAGCUGAUACUGCAUCUAAAAAUACAGUUAUGGAUGACUCCGUUUCAAAGAUAAGCUUUCCUGUUGAAUCAAACUCUCGAAUGGAGACCAGUCAUAAUGAAAAAGAUUUCUACCUCCAAAAUGAAAACCUAGAUAACUUCGUAACUUCUUUGGCUAAAGAGAAAGAAGACUCAGUCCCUUCUCCGAAGUUUGGGUGCUCAAUGAUUCGCAAGGAAGACCAGAGCAAACUAGACAAAGGCCGCCACAAAGUUAGAAAAUCUCGGAGUAAAAAGAACAGUAAGAAGCAUAAGAAAAGUUUGAUUAUUAACAGCCCAUCUUUUGAAAAUCUGUAUGAUCCCAAUAUGGAAUGGCAUAAGCCAAACCAUUUUUGGGAUAAAAUAAUCCAAAUGAACCAGAGAGCUCUCAGAAUUGCUAGAAGAAGAGAAGGGAAAUCAAAGAAAUCAUCAAAAAGUAGAUCGAAAAGCAAGUCAAAGAGUAGGUCUAAAAGUAGAUCAAAAAGCGCAAAUAAAAGAAGCAAGAGUAAUAAAUAUAACAAAGAUAUCUCUGAUUCAUGCUCUAACCUUAGGAGAACAAAAAUGGACCCUCUUAAGGGUCAGAAGAAGAGCCAGAUCCUUGAAAGAAUCAAGGGCUUCAACAAGGGGAAACUAAAGCAGAUGGAUAACUUCUUUGCCUCUUAAUCAGCCUUCAAUAA